ACAAGCAUCACGUGAUACGGCUCCCUUCAAGCAAUGUGAAUAUGUGGCAAAGUACAACAGCCAGCGAUGUACCAACCCCAUCCCCAAGUCGGAGGACCGCAGAUACUGUAACAGCCACCUGCAGGUUCUGGGCUUUAUCCCCAAAAAGGAACGGAAGAAGAAGCAUGACGCUUUGGAGGAAAUGCGCUCACGGGCUCACCUGGAGUCAGUGGCUCUCAACAUAACUGUGCCGUCUCUGGCUCUGAAAGCUCCCAAUGGUCUCGAUGAACUUCCACCAUCUCCUCCCUGUACACGCCUGUUACCCCUCCCCGAUGAGGAACUCCUGGACCCUUUUGCCUUUUAUGAGGAUGACACAGAUGGGGAGGAGGUGGGUGCGCCUCGGAAGGGCAGCGCCAUCAAGAAGAAACUACAGAGUCGGCUGGUGCUCAACCAGAAACUCUGCCACCACGACACGGACCUCUUCCAGCCACCUUCGGAGCACUUUAGUCCCUCGCCUACCCCCCGUGUGCAUACCACCUCGCCGCUCAACGCUCAUCUCCCACGGCAGCAGUCAGGUCUUCUCCAGCCGCCCCAGCACUCCAGCGUGACUUCCUUCAUCUUCCCAGGACAGCAGCAGGGUUUAUUAUGCAAUCCACCACCACCUCAGACGGUCAACUUUCUGCCUCCAGGGAUGCCCGCCAAUGCAGCACCCAGUCCAGUGCAACCUUCUGGGCCGUCACUCAGCAGGAAAAUGCCUUUCACCGCUACGCACUUGCCUGUCAGUUGCAAGGACAGUGGCAGUAACAAUCAGCGGCACAUGGUUGUCAUGCGUCCCGCUGCCUUCUCACCUUCUGCCAGAUGCCUGGCCAGGUUGCAACAUCUGGUGCAGCUCUGUGCCAAGACACACCAGGAGCAUGGAGACCUCUUUCCUCAUCUAGGACUGGACUGGUCCGAAGACAGUGCUGCUGAUGACGAAGAUGAUGAUGAUGAAGAGGAGGCAGAAACCUUUCUUCCGUUCCAGAGCUCUUGGAGACCACAGAAUGGGUUGGAGGACGACAGCGGCUCCUCGCGAAGAACGCGGCUACUCCGGCUUUGUUCGUACCUUCAGGAGAAAUACAAGCACAUGUGCAGGCAGGAGAGGGCGAGUAUCCGCCAGAAGAGAUACCGGUAUGCCUUCCGCAAAGCCUUGCUACACGCCGCCAGUAACAACCCCGACUGUGCCGGGCAGCUGAUCCAGGAGUUACGAGGUGCCUCUCGAAGCUCCUCAAGUGUGGCUCCAGCAAGGCAGCAGAACACGGAUGCGGGGACCUGCACUGGCAGCACAAAGGGCCAGGCCUGCAGCAACCGAGCUCUGCCCUUCACGCGGCACUGCUUUCAACACAUUCUGUUGAAUCGUUCCCAGCAGCUCUUUGCUAGUUGCACAGCCAAAUUUGCAGAUGGUCAGCAGUGCUCCAUCCCGGUGUUUGAUAUCACGCACCAGACACCACUCUGUGAAGAGCAUGCCAAAAAAAUGGAUAAUUUCCUGCGAGGGGACGGUAACAGACGAGUGCAGCACCACCACCAGCAGCAGCAACAGCGAAAGCCACGUAAAAAGACCAAACCGCCGGCACUCACCAAAAAACACAAGAAGAAGAGGAGGAGAGUGCCGCGCAGGCCUCAGAAACCCAUCCCGCCGGCGUUGCCACAGGGGAACCUGGGAAUGCCGUGUACAAGCCUCGCGAUGCCCGCACAGGCCAGCAUCAGGAGCCCGUCAACUCCAGACCUGAGUGCAGAGGAGCUUCCUGACGACAUCACCAAUGAAAUGGCAGACAUUCCAAAUGACCUUGAGCUGAACCAGGAGGAUUUCUCCGACGUGUUGCCCAGACUACCUGAUGACCUGCAGGUCUUCGACUUGUUUGAAGGUAAGAAUGGAGAUUUAUUGCCCACCACGGAGGAGGCUGAGGAGCUGGUGCGUGCGCUGCAGGCUAUGGGGUCCUACCCAGACUCUUUGGUGUGCCUGACCUCCAUGGGAGACCUGGCCCCGUCUGAAGGAGUGGACCACCGAGCCAUGACUGUGUUCCCUGGUCCUGUCCAGUCGGGCAGCAUGGGGGACCUCCUCAGCAGCCGCAUCCCGACGGAGAGCUUCAGCAGCCUCGAGCUGGAGGACAACUUGCUGCAGUCCUCUGGGGGCCACUUCCCCCCCUCCCCUCCAUCUCGGCCCGCUAACCAGCCCCAGACGUCGUGCUCCAGCCUGACUUCCUCUUCUUUGACAGUCGCCCCCUCCACCCCCUCCCUGCUCACUCAGACCUCCAUGACGGAGCGAACGUUUUCCCGGACACACGCAUCCCACGUCCUGACCAAGUCGGAUGCGCCCACGUCAUCCCCCCAAGGCAGCCGCUACAGCAGCGAGCACGUGCCGUCCCCGUACAGUGACCACAUGUCUUCUCCCCAUGCCAGCUCCUUCCAGACAGACGGCCCUCUCAGCGGGGUGCCGGGACCCCCCCGCGCGUCAUGGAACAGUCUCUCCCUCACAGACCCCACACAGUUUGGCAAUCUCAUAGGAUCGGAAAGUCACCUCGUCUCCACCGCCCUGUCCACGCCCCCGGCCACCACGCACUCUGCGUCGCCGCAGCCAAUGGCUGCGCUCUCGGCGAUGCCCCAGAGCGGCUUGACAGGUUUAACGACUUCCCCUGCCCCCUCUUCCUCCCUCCCGUCCUCUUCACACGAUCUUCUGACCUCCACGCAGCCCAAGCAACAGCUCCCCCAGUUCAGCGCGGCCUUUGGCCAUCAAUUGGCCUCCCACAGCGGCCUCCCGAAAGAUGUUCAGCCGAGCCACAGCUCCACGGCGCCACCCGCUGGCUUCUCCAUAGUUAGUGCCACCGCUGCGAGUGCCAACAGCGCCACGCCGCCCUUCACGCAAAGUAAAUGAGAGCAGUCGGCGCGAUGGUCUGCGGACUCGGUCGCUUCCAACCCAGUCGGCUCCUGAGUGACCACGCCUCCUCAUCGGCUACGUCUGUGCAAUGUGGUCAUAGUGCACUAUUUGAUAAUGAAUUUGCACAACCUCAGAUUUUUUCUCAAUAUUUUCUAUUCUCAUUCUUUGAUCCUGUAGCCAGGCGGUCUCUGGGAUUUUAAGUCGGUGUGUGUGAUUCCACUUGUUUGACGCCUGGUGGUUUCGUAACGGUCAGAUGAUGUGAUGAAAUAAACGGGUGAAAAUUAGCAGGAGAACCUUAGCAGAGAUUAUCUGUCACAUUGCUCCGAAAGAAUUGAAAUCGAAGCCUCAAUCAGCGGUGGGUUUGUUUGCGUUGCCGGUUCGUCCCGUCUCUAGAUGACCGACUGGCCCCUGCCUUGCUCAGACAGCUCUCGCAUUUCCACCUGUUCGUUCACUGCUUUGUCGCCCUCUGAAAAACACGGAGCCCAGGUUGUGAUAUUUGUGACCUAUUAUGUUUCAAGCUAUUUAACUGUUAUCAUGAUAAAGAAUCUUACCGAGUCAAAUUUCACAGUAUGAAUUUACCAAAAUACUUUUAAACCGCUGUUUUUAUAUCGUGUAUACUGUUUCUGUGCUCAUUUAUUGGUUCGCUCAGAGGUCAAACUCUCCGACCUCACCGUUGGUUGUGGGACUCUGAGUGGCCGAGUCGACACUUGAAGGUAGAUAUAGUUUCUUAAAGCAAUAAACACCUUAACAUAACUCUAGCAUCGCACGGUAUUUUAUUGGUCCCGUUUCAUGUAGCUUCACUUGUGAAUCUGGGUUGGAUCAGGAAUAUAUACUUUGGCCUCUAGAACUGUUACGAACCUUAUUUUACAGCCGAACCAUUUCACUCCAGUUGAGCCGAUGGAGACCAGUGAUCAGGUCAGCCUUCUUCUCUCGAGCCAUAAGGAGUGGACAGCUCUUCCCCUGUCGAGUCAUACAGCAGUACAACCAUGGCUUCUGAUGGACAUUAUAUUAGACAUUUGACAGAUUGUCUGACAUUGUUGAGUAUUAGGUAUAUAGUAGCGAGUCUCUAUCUUGGGGUAUGUUGGUGAAUUGUUGAGUAGCAAUGGAUUUAAAUUGUUCUUUGCAAUGUAUUCAGUGGAACCUGUGUCUUGUAGAACGAGUCUCUUGUUUUUAAUGGCUAUCAAAAUGGUUGUAAGUUGCAGUCAUCAAUGUUUGUAUGCUGGUAUUUAGUUUUUAAAGAAUAUUCCGAUGGAGAGUAUUUUUGAUAGCUAUUAAACUCCAGGAAGAAGAUGUGCAUGGGGCAGCAACCUUUUCUGUGAGAGCAUUAUAAUAAUAUUAUUAGAGUAUGGUGCCUGGCUUGAUUCUCGGUGGUAGGAAUAUAUGCAUCACCAUUUAUUUUAAUUGUGUGGAGAAAAAACAGAUCAUUACAGUUUGUUGUUUUUCGACACCGCUUUCUUUGCACAGGAGUGGAUGAGGCUGGUGGUGUUUCACUUGUCCAGUGUCUGUCUUGCCUUUUUUUAUUUUCCGUGUUUUUUGCUUGGACGCUCAUUAAAUGAACAGCUGCCAUCAUAACCAGCGCUGAGCCUGCACCGGUCCCCCAGUUCCAGCUGUGAGAAGGCCCAGUUCUGUCUCUCCCUUCCGAAGAGAAAACACAGUGCCGUGUAAACCCGUAGCUCCACCAGACGGCUGGGCUGCCGUGUUCUCACUCAUGGUCCCAAACACACAGCGCCCGAAAACACACAAUGUUGGAUGGAAAAUGUUUGCAAGGCAUUACUGCUGUAUCCGCAUAGCAUGAGAUUACCAGUUGACCCCCCCCCCCCCCCCCCCCCAGACCAUGGAUAACUAAAUGAACAGGGCUCAUACUGGAGGCACAUUUAACUGCUUGAAAUCAGAGAUGGCUGACAAAUUCCUAUACUCAUUGAAUGUACUGUAUUACUGUUUUUAAAGAUAGGAUGAGCUAAUCUAGUCACCUUUUGUUAUUGGUCCUUGUUUAAUUUGUCUAAGGUAUUUUUUUGUAUACAAAGGUUUACAUUUUUAUGUAUAUUUUUCUUGUGUACAAAUUAUGUAAUGUGUAAAAACACUGUAAUAUCUGUAUAUAGUGUGAGAAAUAUGAUCUUUUGUUUUUGGAUGUAUAAAUAAAACUUGCUGUGAGGGAUUUGCUGACUGUUA